AACAAGAAGAAAAGAAGAGACGCGCUCCGAACUACUGCUUCAACAUUAAAGAUUUGAGACAAAAGCAUUUUAGAUCAUUGAUUGAAUGAAAGCAUUCGAAGCAGCAGUAAUAACAGAAACCUGUAAAGAUAGAGUUUACUGAAGAGUACAGAGAGAACACGAGUGAUCCAGAACCCUUCAGACUCAAGCAUGAAGAAACUGAAGAAGAAGAAAGAGUUUACAGGAGCAUCAAAUCAUCAGAAAGAGGUGAAACUUGCAAAGAGUGAGUUUAUUAAAGAGGACAGAGAGAAGAUGGGAGAUCCAAAGCACACUGAACAUACUCAAGAACAAACAGAGCUGAUUGAAGAGAACCAAAAGAGUGAAGAAUCAAGUGAAGUUGAAGAGAAAAAUCAUGCCAAAACUAGAAAAAAACUUUUGAGUUGCCCUCAGACCAAGCAGAAAGAUUUAAAGAAAAGAGACAAGAAAUCUUUCACCUGCACUCAGUGUGGAAAGAGUCUCAGAAACAAAUAUGGUCUUGAUGUUCAUAUGAGAGUUCACACUGGAGAAAAACUGUACAAGUGUUCACACUGUGACAAGAGAUUCAGUCAGUCAAGAGACAUGAAAAUACACGAGAGGAUCCACACUGGAGAGAAACCGUUCCCUUGUAAUCAAUGUGGUAAAAUGUUUGUUUGUGCUUUAGCCCUAAAGAAGCAUCAGAAACUUCAUAAAAAGGAGAAACCACAUUCAUGUGAAUUGUGUGGAAACAGUUUUUCAUCACUGAGCUAUUUUAAAAAACAUCAGAAAAUGCAUGCUGAUGUUAAAGAGUACAUGUGCUUUGAGUGUAAAAAGACUUUUACAACAGCAAACUGUUUAAAACGGCAUGAGAGGAUCCACACUGGAGGGAAAACCUUACAAGUGUUCACACUGUGA